ACCAUGCCGUUGCACCGGGAUUAGGCCCUCUAUCUUUGAACUGUCUAGAACACGAACCCUCGUAGCGAUGGCGUAUCGGCAGUGGAUAUUGACACUCGUCUUGGUAGCCCUGUUGGGUUGUGCUGCGGCCUCUUCCAGCGCUGAUGGCAACCGACCCCAGCAACGGCUCAUCGGUGGUGUUCGUGCCCUCCCAGGCGAAUUCCCAUCGAUGGUAUCGAUCCAGCGGCUGGUGCUGAUCCGAGCCAGCCAUGUCUGCGGUGGCAGUGUGCUGAACCAAUUCCACGUCCUGACCGCGGCCGAAUGCUUCUUCUCCAACCCGAACAGCCGCUAUCGGGUGCAGGCGGGCAAAGUGCUGCUCAACAACUUCGAACCCAGCGAACAGACGAUCAACGUGCUCCGGUACACGAUGCACCCGCAGUACGAUGGGUCAGCCAGCCCGUUCAAUAUUGCGAUCGUACGGUUAGCGUCCCCGUUCGGCUACAAUCGGUACAUCACGCCGAUCGUGCUCCCGGCGAUCGAUACCAUCCCGGACGGGAUCGUUAAGUUUGCCGGCUGGGGAUCGACCUCGAGCGGCCUGCUGCCCAGCAUGCCCGAUCAGCUGCAGAUGUUCUACGUUGCGAUCAUGCCGAACGAACAGUGUCAGGUGAUGGUGGGCGGUGCGAUCGGCACUGGGCCUGUGACGGAGCGGAACGUCUGUCUUGGACCGGCCACCGGUGGCAUAGGGGCUUGUGGAGGUGAUGCGGGCGGUGCUGCGAUACAGCAGAUCAAUGGAGUGGACACGAUCGUCGGUAUCGUGUCGUGGCAGCUGUCCCCGUGCGGUCAGGCGGGCAACCCGACAAUCACAACGCGCGUGUCGGCGUUCGUGGAAUGGAUCAACCAAAACUCACAGCUUUAGAUUCAAACCCCGGUGAAUCAAUCCGGAAUAUUUAUAUAUUUUUACAUUCACAAGGCAUUACAAUAAAAAAGCUCGCAUAGUUUCGCAUCGAUUCGA